AUGCUUUCCCGUGAAGUUCUUGACAUUAUCCGUGCCACUGUGCCUGUUCUUGAGAAGAAGGGUGUUGAUAUCACCGCUCGUAUGUACGAGAUCAUGGUCCGAGACUUCCCUGCUGUUAAGAAUUACUUCAAUCCUGUCAACUUCAAGAAGGGUACUCAGCAGCUGACUCUCGCUAACGCUAUUCUUGCCUAUGCCAAGAACAUUGAGCGCCCCGAACUGUUCAGCGGCAUGACUGCUACCAUUGUCCAGAAGCACUGCGCUUUGGACAUCCUCCCUGAGCACUAUCCCUGGGUCGGCCAGUCGCUGCUUAAAGCCAUUGAGGAUGUGCUUGGCUCUGAUGUUGCUACCAAGCCUGUUCUCGAGGCUUGGGGUGCUGCGUACUUCCAGCUGGCUGACUUUUUGAUCGCUGCUGAAAGCAAGGAAUACAAUCGUAUGGAGGCUUCUCCUGGUGGAUGGCGCCAUACCCGUGAGUUCAAGGUUGCCAGCAAAACUCCUCAAGGAAACAAUAUUGUGACUGUGACUCUCGAGCCCGUCGACGGCAAGCCCGUGUACAAGUAUGAGGCUGGCCAGUACAUGACCUUCAAGUUCCACUUUAAUGAGUUUGACCAGCGCCGCCAUUACUCUUUGCGUGAAAAGUCUAAUGGCAAGCACUACACUGUCAGUGUCAAGCUUGAAGAUGACGGAGCUGUCUCUCAAUAUAUUCACAACAAGCUUAACGUUGGCGACGUAGUUGAGCUUCUUCCUCCCUUCGGUGACUUUGUUUUGCGCAAGCCCGACCCCUCUGUUCCCAUUGCUUUGCUCUCUGGUGGCAUUGGCAUUACUCCUUUGCUCUCUAUGGGUGAGGCUCUUAUGGAGGUCGAAAACAAGCCUGAGAUUCACUUCUACCACUGGGCUCGCGGUGCUCCCAACUUCACGAAGGAGAUUGAGAACUUUGAGAAAACCGGUUUCAAGGUCAAGGUCUUCGAUUCUGAAAAAACCGGCCACCCCACUGCCGAAGAAAUCAAGGCAUUGGUCCCCAAGAAUGCCGACUGCUACUUUGUUGGUCCUAAGCCUUUCAUGAAGUUCAUGGAGGAGAGCUUGAUCAAGGCUGGUUUGCCCGAGAAGAAUAUUCACUACGAGUUCUACGGUCCUACUUUGCAUUUCGAUCAAAUCUAA